CGUGACACCGAGCCUCGCACGCUCGUGUUUGUGUUGUUGCGACGCAGAAUGUGGCACUCGCGACACAACACCAGAGUUAAACACUCGCCUAUUCGGAGGCCUCAAGUUCCUCAACUAUGAGCCUUCGGUAUUCCCUCUCGUGUCGAUGAUAGCGCGUGAAAUGUCACCUCUUAAUUUCCGCAAAGACCGGAUGAGCGAAUUAACCGUUCGCAACGACGGACGCGUUAUGGCGCGCGCGAAGUAAAGCCAGCCGCGGGACGCGGCGAUGAAUUCGUUAACGAAGGCCGCGUCUGUCAUUCGUGACGCCGACGUCUCUUCUACCUCAUCUCGUCCAGGUCUUAAACUCAAUAUUUCCCGUUUCGUCUCUCAACCGGGCGCGCAGAACCCGACGAUCGCACCUCAUCCGCGGUGAGACGUAUACGUGACUGAGGAGACGAAACGGCGUCUGCUAUGCCUGCGCCGCUUACAUGCGCACGAUUCAUUGUGCGGCGAGCAACAGCGAGCAACGGUACGCGCUCGGUCCGCCGUCGAUGUCGAUCUCGCCCAAUCUUGUGUCGGAAUUCGAGAAGGAAACAGCGGGACAUUCGUUCCCAAGGUAGCGGAUAUAUUGAUUGAAGAGGAGAGGAGAAAGGGACUCGUGCUUCUCUGCGCCAUAGUAAUUCGUGCUGUGAAUGGACGAAGCGAACAAAAGCGAUCGCUCUGCGAUUCUAGGAUUUUCUUGUUUUGAUUUACAAAAUCGUACGUUACAGGGUGUCAUUUAUUUUGGGACGCACAAAGUGACUUCCUGGAUGUCAACGCUAUUUCGCGCCAUUCUCUCAAUCGAGCCACUGCCAAAGAGACAUGGAAAAAGUGUUUGCCAUGAAUGUACAGGAUUUUACUUUGAUUAAUAACGAUACUGCGUGUAGCAUUGUUUGUACUGCUCAAUGUUGCGUGAAAGAACUUUCUGAGGACUUUAGCUUUGUUGUUUUGUAUGCCCGAUUGUAGGAGCCACCGAUACGUAAGUUUCACCUUCGUUUCCCUUCAAACUUUUACUCAGACACAUUGUACAUUGUUUGAUUUAUUUGCCACAGUGAGUGAGAGGCAGACAAGAGGCGUACAUCGUUCGCCAUGAGCGAAUCCGACGACUCAGACAUCCUAGCUGAUAUCCAGGCUCUGGAUGAAGCUUUAGCCUUGAAAACGAAUACAAAUUCCCAGGAAUAUGUUUGCAGCGGCCAUCGAUCGGACGUCUCGUCGGACGUCGACCUCGAGGGAAACGAUCUUGAGGUCGACUACUCCGAGUAUCUCGGUAACAAUCAGCACAUCGACGAGUCUCUGAACGCUUACGAGAUUAAUUUGAAGUUGAUCAUGGGCUUGACGAUAGCCAAGAGGAAAUUGACUGCAAUGCUCGAGGAGUGUGAGCAGAAGAUAAAGCUACUGGACGAGAGGACCAACUCCAGGGAGUUGAGCUCAUAUUCCAAAUUGGCACUCAGCAACGCCGGUAUUCCGUACUUCAAGGACAAGGAUAACUUCAGCGCGCCAAAAAACUACGACACCAAACUGAAGGAAGCCCGUGGUGAGCUGUGCCCUUUGUCUGUAAAGAAGCCGAAUCGCUGGUCCAGUAAAGACAGAGACAAACUUUUAGAAGCCAUACACGAUCAACUUACCGAAUCGAAUGAAAAAGAGGCCGAUGAGCCUAAUGAUCCAGCUAAGAAAAUGAAAUUUGAGCUCCCCAUAAAUUUCGACGAGAAGGUAGGCGCGUUGGGUGAGAGAGAAUUCGAUUGGUACAAGAUUUCUGUUAUGACUUUCAUCAAUAAACAUUCACCGGGCGAAUGCAGGUCCAUGUGGAAUAUCUACCUGCACCCCGACUUCCGGAAAAGCGAAUGGACGAGCAUGGAGGAUAAGAAAUUGGUGAGGUGCGUGAGAGAAUAUAGAUUUCAAAAUUGGGACGCUAUUACGGAGAAACUGGGAACAAAUCGUAGCGCGUAUCAAUGUUUCAUUAGAUACAACACCAUAAAGAAGGUGCCGUUAGCCGGGCGUGCCUGGACCAGGCAGGAGGACAAGCAUCUCUUGAAGAUAAUGAACGCGGUCAAAGUCGGAGACUACAUCCCCUGGUCCGAGGUCGCCAAUCACCUGCGACACAGAACCAAGCAACAGAUUUACGUACGAUGGAUGUACAGAAAAGCGCCGCAUUUGCGAAAAGGCAGAUUCACUUACACGGAAACGAUAACCCUUCUGCAGGCGGUGCAGAAGUACGGCGAGAACUUCUGUAAGAUUUCGAGCAACAUAAUGCCAAAUCGGACCUCGAUACAACUCCAAGAGCGUUAUAAUACGGUGAUGUUGAACAUGAAUUCCAACAAUUGGAAUUUAUGGUCGCUCAACGACGAUGUGACAUUAAUUAAUCUGCACUUGAAAUUCAAUAACAAUUGGUCCAAGAUAGCCAAGUAUUUUUCCAACAAGACGAGGACCCAGGUGAGACAUCGGUAUAACGCAUUACUGAAGUACGUAAUGAAAGGUGUCAGUAUUGAAAAUAUACCCAGACCGCCCGCCACGAUGCGCAACAGAAGAUACAUAAGGAAUAAAAAAUUGUCCAAGGGCGCGGAAAAAGUUCAUAAUAAAAUUAAAUUGCACGAAAUGGAACACACUGUAAAUAUUCUUGAUAUCGAAUUAAGGUUGUACGAGAAUCUUUGUUUUCCACCUUUAGUUAAACCGAAUAAUUCUGAAGAGGAACCUUACGACAUCGAAGAGCUUGCGCGCGAUACUAGAAGAUUGUACAGCACGUUGAAUUUGUUGAACGCCAAUCUUGAUAUUCCGUCUGAUUUUCUGAAAUACGUGCAGUUAAAUGACAAAGAGAAAGAACUUUUGGUCUCUUUAAAGGAACACAUGAACGUAAGAAGCGUCGGUGUACGGAACGACGAAAUAACGGAGAAUUAUAGAACGCGAAUGUUUGGCUACGCCUCGGAAGUUAGUCAAGGUGAUUUCUUUAUACCGCCACUUCCAUUUGACGGAUACGUAAGGGUCAAAAAAAUUCAACAAAAACGAAACGACACGUCUAUAGACUACGAUUUGGACGUUAGCAAAAAAUUUCUUGUUGACGUGCCCGCAGAUUUCCAUGUAACUGCCUGUACACUUCAUUUCGUUAGCAGCGACGAGGAAAUGCAGUUUCGCAAAUUUGGUCAGUUCUUAAUAAGCGAUUACCGUGAUUAUUACCAGCAAAAUGUAAAUUUGUAUAAGUCAUUAAAAUGUAUCUCUUCUUGUGCUAGAAGAAGCCCUUCGAAUAAGGCUUCGUCGAAACGUGAUAAGCUGGAUACGAGUUCGAAGAUAACUGUAAAAGAUUACGAACAAACGGAAUUAAAUAAAUUGAGGGAAACUUCAGUCGGUAACAAUGUUAAAGAGGAGAACGAAGAAGCGAUGGAUAACAUAAUUCGGCCAAAUCAAGCGACUUUAUUAGGUUUGAAGAACUUGUUUCUCUGGAAAUUACUGUACGACUGUCAAUAUGAGUCCCACGCGCGAUGUAAACUGAUUGCGUCGUUCGAACGUAACUCGAGGUCGAAACAAGCGGUGACGAAUUCUCGACGACCUGUGCAAACAGAGAGUGCCGAAUACCAGUUACUGCGAACUCGCCUACUGCAAUUGUUUAAACUUCCCAUAGGUUUGUCGAGAACCACGUUGUAUGUACAGGGACCCGACCAGAUAUUUGUACAAAAGGAGAAGCCUCGAAAAGUUAUUCUUUCGACUAUUUCAAGGAAAAGACAAUUUAAAAACUGUGCAGAUUACGAAGAUAUGACUCAUUUGAAACGAAGUAAAAAAGAUGACUCAAACGUUUCGGUUAAUAACGAUUCUCAACCCACCUCGGAUCCUACAACGGAAAAUCUACCUAGAGCACGCAGUUGCAGAGUAACUCGCAAAAAAAAUAAAACUGCAAAAUAACGCAUAACUCUCGAUACCGUUCCCGAAUCAGUAUGGAAAUAUUUGUAAGAAGCAUUAAAGUUUUAUUUGUAUCUGCAAACAUCUGAUACACUUUUUUAAUUUACAUUUUCUUUUAUAUUAAAGUAAAGUAGGCGUAGAAAAGAAGACUAGCUUUUAUUUAUUACAAAUAUAGUUUUCUGAAAAUAA